CUUCCUUUAGUUUAUUCUUCAUCUUAUAAAUAUAUAAAAAAAGCAUACGCAAAGUAUAUCUACAAAGUUUCAUCUAUUAAUUUAGAUAUAAGCUUAAAUCUCUCGGUACCAUUUGGCCCAUAGCAAGCAACUUCAUCAUAUAUACUAUCUGAUACGAAAGUAAUGCAAAAAACCACUUGUUUGUGCACCUCUCAAUGCAAUCAGGACAACAAUUACUAAUCCACUCAAUUCCGAAUUUAAGCAUCUUAUUAAAAAGUCUAUCCCUUGUCUCUUUUUCCAUGUUCUUUUUCAAGGUAAGUUUAUAUUGUUUAAAAGGAUUAUAUUCUUAUCUUGGUUGUUCUAUAGAUACGGAAGAAUGGUGUCUAUUUAGUGCUUUGCUUCUUUGGGGCUGUUUAGAUAUGAGGUUGCGUUGAAACUUGUGUAAUCAAAGGCUAGGUAUAACAGCUGAUUGAUUGCAAGACUGUCUCUCUCUCUCUCUGGUUGUGCUGAUUUGGUUGGUGACCAAGGCUUG